AUGUCAUCUGCAACAGUGACCGUCACCACAGCGAUGUCUGUGAGCACAACAUCUGAAACUACAAAUGACGCCGGCAAUACCAAUGUUGUUGAAACAACUAACGCUACUGCAACUACAACUACAGCAAGAAUAGAUGAUGUGAACGCCAUUAAGACGACUAUUACUACAAAAGCAAAAGUUUCAACCACAGGGCCUGUUAGGCAUUCUGUUCGAGUCGUGCAGCAGCAGAGGAUCUUUUCUCCUUAUCCACUACCUAAGAAGGAUACGUUGCUUUUAACAAGACACUUUCCUGAAUCAAAGCACCAAAGACAGAAAUCAUCGUAUUUCCAAGUUGUCGAGGCACAGCAUGGGAAAUCGAAUCGUGGUAGGUCAGGUCAGGGGAGAACGCGUCUAACUUUGGAGGCCUUUGACUAUAGGAUGUACAUGGCUUUUGACUUCGCUGUUGGCCCGUUAAAAGUGUGGGAUAUUACAUUCAAAAUUGAGGGAGAGAAGGGAGACAAAGGACAAAGAAGGAAGGAGAGAAGGAGGAGAUGUAGGGUUGCAUUGACAAGGAGAGUAUUGGGAAGCUAUGCUUUUCAGUACUCUGGGAAAAAAAAAUCCCAUUCAUCCCAUGCCAUGCCAUGCCAUGCAACUCAGGCACGAUAUAGUCUCAGAAAACAGGAUAUGGAAGGAGAGCACAUGUGCAUGACAUUUGGGGGUUUGGUCAAAAAUAUUGAAAUUUGUGUCAGCCAGUGGACAGAGUCGUCUGUCCAUGUAGACCUCAUUCCCUGGUGA